CGCCCCGCGGCUUCCUGGGCCCCGGCGAUGCGGCCCGCGGCGGUAGCAGCGGGCGCUGGGCUCCGCUGGCUGGGCCUGGCCGCCCUGCUGGCCGCCCUGCUGGGCACCCCGUGCGCGGCGGCGCAUCAGGACGAUAAGGCCAUCUCCGUGCCGGACCACGGCUUCUGCCAGCCCAUCUCCAUCCCGCUCUGCACGGAUAUCGCCUACAACCAGACCAUCCUGCCCAACCUGCUGGGCCACACCAACCAGGAGGACGCAGGCCUGGAGGUGCACCAGUUCUACCCGCUGGUCAAGGUGCAGUGCUCGGCCGAACUCAAGUUCUUCCUCUGCUCCAUGUAUGCACCGGUGUGCACCGUACUGGAGCAGGCCAUCCCACCCUGCCGCUCCUUAUGUGAGCGGGCUCGCCAGGGCUGCGAGGCGCUCAUGAACAAGUUCGGCUUCCAGUGGCCGGAGCGGCUCCGCUGCGAGAACUUUCCUGUGCAUGGGGCGGGCGAGAUCUGCGUGGGGCAGAACACAUCGGAUGCCCCGCCAGGGCCUGGUGGUGCGGGGGGUCGUGGAGCCACGGCGCAGCCCACAGCUGGCUACCUGCCUGACCUCACCCCACCGCAGCCUGCUACCGGCUUCUCCUUCUCCUGCCCCCGGCAGCUCAAGGUGCCCCCCUACUUGGGCUACCGCUUCCUGGGGGAGCGAGACUGUGGAGCCCCCUGUGAGCCGGGCCGGCCUAACGGGCUCAUGUACUUCAAGGAGGCAGAGGUGCGCUUUGCCCGGCUCUGGGUGGGCGUGUGGUCCGUGCUUUGCUGUGCAUCCACCCUCUUUACUGUGCUUACCUACCUGGUGGACAUGCGCCGCUUCAGCUACCCGGAGCGGCCCAUCAUCUUCCUCUCAGGCUGCUACUUCAUGGUGGCGGUGGCUUACGCAGCAGGUUUCCUCCUGGAGGAGCGGGUGGUGUGCCUAGAGCGCUUCUCUGAGGAUGGCUACCGAACCGUGGCCCAAGGCACCAAGAAAGAAGGCUGCACCAUCCUGUUCAUGAUCCUCUACUUCUUCGGCAUGGCCAGCUCCAUCUGGUGGGUCAUACUGUCCCUCACCUGGUUCCUGGCAGCUGGCAUGAAGUGGGGCCACGAGGCCAUUGAGGCCAACUCCCAGUACUUCCACCUGGCUGCCUGGGCCGUGCCUGCUGUCAAAACCAUCACCAUCCUAGCCAUGGGGCAGGUGGACGGUGAUGUGCUCAGUGGGGUGUGCUACGUGGGCAUCUACAGCGUGGACUCACUGCGGGGCUUCGUGCUGGCACCACUCUUCGUGUACCUCUUCAUUGGCACCUCCUUCCUGCUGGCCGGCUUUGUGUCCUUGUUUCGCAUCCGCACUAUCAUGAAGCACGAUGGCACCAAGACGGAGAAGCUAGAGAAGCUGAUGGUGCGCAUUGGGGUCUUCAGCGUCCUCUACACAGUCCCUGCCACCAUUGUUCUGGCAUGCUACUUCUAUGAGCAGGCCUUCCGUAGCACCUGGGAGAAGACAUGGCUCCUCCAGACGUGCAAAACCUACGCUGUGCCCUGCCCUAGCCACUUCGCCCCCAUGAGCCCAGACUUCACAGUCUUCAUGAUCAAGUACCUCAUGACCAUGAUCGUUGGCAUCACAACGGGCUUCUGGAUCUGGUCUGGCAAAACCCUACAGUCCUGGCGGCGCUUCUACCACAGACUGAGCACCGGCAGCAAGGGCGAGACGGCGUGGGGCUGCUGCAGGUGAAGCCAACACUCCGAAGAGGCCCCUGAGGCCAGGCGUACCGCUCGGGGCUCGCGGCGCCCCGCUGCACGCUCCUCGGCGCCGAGCUGCGGCACGGCGGCCCCGGGCCGUUGUAACCGCCAGCGUCGGCCGCGGGGAGAGCCCGUUCGUUCCGGCUCAAACACAGCUGCUCAAAGUUCCAGAGAUCGCGUCUCGGAAGGACACGUGAAAACUGAUCAUUACAUCCAUCGGUUUUGUUUUGAAAUGUGACAGAUUUUUCUAUUAGUUUUUAACGUUGCCACGUUCAGUUUUAAUGUGUUACGUACUGCUCUACCUUUAUAUUCACUGAAGGGUUGUUUUUAAGUGUGUGUGUGUAUCCUUGUCUAAGGACAAAAUAGGAAAUUCUGGAUUUUCAGCAAGUCUCCACCCUAUGGCUGCUCUUUUUUUUUUUUUUUUUUUUGAGUGGGAAAAGAGUGUCUGAAACUCAAAGGGAGGGCUGCUGGCUGGGGCACGCCGGCAUGGGCCCAUCGGCCACAUCCUUCAGGACAGCUGAUCUCAGACUUGCAGGGCUUGGGAUUUUGUCUUUCACUACGUGCACGUGGGGAAAAACAUGAACCGUAAGACAAGUGCAGUAUGUAUAUUUUGUAAAUCUUCUUUUUGUAAGAAAAUAUGUAUUUAUGUUUUUACUUGAUUUUUUUUUUAAGGUCUGUAUGAGGCCCUGCUUCAUCCCAUGUACAGAUCACCAAAUAAAUGAUUUUUUAAUACAA